AUGCGGGCAGUCUUGGUCAGGUUUGCUGGACUCGCUCUCUACGUCCAUGAACUACGGUCAGGCACACUAGCAUUACUUCACGAACGGCCCAACAGAAAAGCAACGUUAUAUGAACUAAAAGUGGAAGAUUUUGAAGACUGUGCAGACGAACUCGACGAUGACGCUGCUACAGUUUCAGAACCUGCUCUCGAAUUAAGUGCCGUGGGACUGAGCUUGUGCUUGUUCAAGAACGACGGAGUACUCGAAAUAACUCUUGAGGGCGGGCACGGCGGAGUCGUGGAUUGGACAUUCCAAGGCUUGAGAAGCCUCAACGAGGGUAGCAUGAUGGCGUGUGCCUUCACGCAGACGAUCCCUGAAGCCCCGUUAUGCUGUGGAGGUCUUAGACUCGUGCCGCCGAAACUAUCAAUCAGCACUAUCCAGGCAUCUGAUACCUAUCCUACUCCAGAGCGCGUCGUCCAGCCUCCAUUUUCAGGGCUCAGCACCAUGUCCACAAUCGAAACACUCCCCGUCGAGUCUCCAGCUAAGCAUAAUCUUCCCUCAAUGGAGCUCGAUGUCGGCCCAUCAGCUGUCGAAAAGGGAAACGAGCUCAAGCGCAAAGUAGCCCAAGACGUGGAGCGACUUCCACCACACAAACGCUCUAAAAGUUCACAUGACUCCCCAUCGUGGCCCAACCACUUAUAUAUGACGUGUAACCGCACCCGACCUAUCUCCAAAAGCGACAUUGGAACGUUGCACAUUGACCUUGUAGAAGGUACGGUGUGGUUCGAGGACUGGUAUGGAAAGGAGAAUGCACGAACUUUUGAGAGGAAGCAGGUGGAUCUUCAUUGUUAUUCAACAAGUGUCCAUUACCUUUCUUACGAUAUCGGGUUAGGAACAGACAAAUCCACCCAUCAUCUCGACAUUACCAAAAGGAACAUGAAGAAUGAAAUGUUCCAUUUGUUCAGGGCCGAUUGCUCCGCCCCUGGAUGGGAGAUGUGGGGUUCAGAUACAGACACAAGUCCAGGUCCCAACCCCACUCUCACAGCCAAGGAGCAAAUCGAAGACAGGAACGCUGGCGUCAUACACAAGAUCCCCCAUCCCCUUCCUAAUGGAGCAACAGCAUGUAUAACACCGACCAUCAUCGUCAAUGCACUUGUUCACUGCAUCGACCGUGCAUCACAGCGUCAAGCUAUCCACGACCCAGACACAGAUCACAAGAUACUGAAGCAUCUGGAGUGGUAUCCAAGGUUUCGAGAACUGAGGCGUUUGACUAGAAUGGAGUUGGACAGGUGGGAUUUCAAAAUCAAAGAGGUGGAGGAGCGAGAGGCGCGUAGGAGGAAACUCAGGACGGUGAAUGGAGAGGAAAAGACGGACGAGAGAACCAAGCUUGAGUAUUGGGCAGCGAACGGGACCACGGAGGACAGCGGCAUCUUCACUGUCAUCGCAGUGUCCGGCAUAGCCUACUACACCUACCAAUACAUAGUAAAGCCAAGCCGGGCAGGUGUCACCUGCAAAACAGCUCAAGCAGAGAGGGCAGAGGUAGAGGCUACUUUUCAAGCUAUUCGAGAUGACAUGGUAGCUUGGCGAGAUACUAUGGAAGCCAUGUUCGAUCCUACCGAAGAGCUUGCAAUCCUCCGGAUUCAGCUGAAGAAAGAAAUGGACAUUUUAAAACGAUCUGGGAUGAAGAGCCUUGAACUCUCCAAAGAAACCAUGAGGCAGAGGCAGUACUGGGACAGGGGAGGAAGGGCGAAGAUGGUGGCAAGAGAGACAUAG